CCUCCCCUCCGGCCUGCUGCCUCCACCGCAGGACUCCUUUCCCGCCCGCAGUUAGGCCCAAGCCUCGCCUCGAGUAGCGCUGGGGUGUCUUAUGCGUGUGUGUGAGCGUUUUUUCUCCUCAGCGACCCAACGAAGCAGGCCCGGCCUCGCGCGCGCGGCCGGCACUCAGUCUCGAGCGAGCCGGCCAGCGGGCGCGCGCCCGCGCUGCCUCCUCCUCCUCCUCCUCCUCCUCCCGCCUGCCCGCCCGCCGUGCCGCCCGCUCACUCCUUCGCGCGGCCGUCGUCAUCGUCGCCGCCGCCCGUCUUCCUCCUCCGCCCCCGCUGCCUCGUCUUCCUGCCUGGCUGACUGUCUGACUAGCUGGCUGGCUGGCUGGCUGGCUGGCGGCGGCUCCACGGCGCAGGCCCGCUGCAGCGCAGCCGCUCUGAGAUCUCAUGACUGAGCCAGGAAGUGUGCAGAUCCCCCUCCAAGAUAGGUCUUCCUCCAGCAGACGGGGAGGAUCCCAGCCCGUAAAAUUUGCUAGGGAAAAAAAAAAAGUCUUUUUUUUUUUUUUUGCCCCGGAAACUCAGGAACUUUCUUCUUAUUACAUCAAUAUUUUUUUUUUGGGAGUUAUAAAGUAAUAUAAAAUACAACUCAGAAGCUCUUGAGCGAAAUUAAAACCCCAAAUUCCUUGUGACACCCCCACCCCCGUACGGGGGACUAGAAACCCAGUGCAGUGAUCCCGCUUUCUAAUAAUUACCCCAGCCAGCCUUCGGACCACAUGCUGCGGCCGAUAGCCUUGAAUACUUGAGAAAAGGAGCAGUAACCAUUCAUGGAGGAACAUACGGUCACCCAGACGGAGCACAUGGCAACCAUAGAGGCCCACGCGGUGGCCCAGCAAGUCCAGCAGGUCCACGUGGCCACGUACACGGAGCACAGCAUGCUGAGUGCCGACGAGGAUUCCCCCUCUUCGCCCGAGGAUACGUCCUACGACGACUCGGACAUCCUCAACUCCACAGCCACCGACGAAGUGACUGCCCACCUGGCCGCUGCAGGGCCGGUGGGAAUGGCCGCCGCCGCCGCCGUGGCCACCGGUAAAAAAAGGAAGCGGCCUCACGUUUUUGAGUCCAACCCAUCCAUCCGCAAGAGGCAGCAGACGCGGUUGUUACGGAAGCUGAGGGCCACCCUGGAUGAAUAUACCACGCGGGUCGGGCAGCAAGCCAUCGUCCUGUGCAUCUCUCCCUCGAAGCCCAACCCGGUUUUCAAAGUCUUUGGGGCGGCACCGCUGGAGAACGUGGUGCGCAAGUACAAGAGCAUGAUCCUGGAAGAUUUGGAGUCAGCGCUGUUGGAGCACGCACCUGCACCGCAAGAGGUGAACUCGGAGCUGCCCCCUCUCACCAUCGACGGGAUUCCGGUCUCGGUGGAUAAAAUGACCCAGGCACAGCUGAGGGCUUUCAUCCCCGAAAUGCUGAAAUACUCAACGGGUCGCGGAAAGCCGGGCUGGGGGAAGGAGAGCUGCAAACCCAUUUGGUGGCCAGAAGACAUUCCCUGGGCUAACGUCCGCAGUGAUGUCCGGACAGAGGAGCAGAAGCAGAGGGUGUCUUGGACCCAGGCGCUGCGGACGAUUGUGAAAAACUGCUACAAGCAGCACGGGCGGGAGGAUCUGCUCUACGCUUUCGAAGACCAGCAGACCCAGUCGCUGACCGCCACGCACAGUAUCGCCCACCUGGUUCCCUCCCAGACGAUGGUCCAGACCUUCAGCAACCCUGACGGCACGGUGUCCCUCAUCCAGGUUGGCACCGGAGCCACAGUGGCCACCUUGGCAGACGCCUCUGAAUUGCCCACCACUGUGACGGUCGCCCAGGUGAACUACUCCGCGGUGGCUGAUGGAGAGGUGGAACAGAACUGGGCGACGCUCCAGGGGGGCGAGAUGACCAUCCAGACCACCCAGGCCUCCGAAGCCACGCAGGCAGUGGCCUCCCUGGCCGAAGCCGCCGUAGCCGCCUCGCAGGAGAUGCAGCAAGGGGCCACGGUCACUAUGGCGCUCAACAGUGAGGCGGCCGCUCACGCCGUGGCCACGCUUGCGGAAGCCACCCUCCAGGGCGGAGGGCAGAUCGUCUUGUCCGGCGAAACGGCAGCGGCCGUGGGCGCGCUCACCGGGGUACCAGAUGCAAACGGCCUGGUCCAGAUCCCUGUGAGCAUGUACCAGACGGUGGUCACCAGCCUCGCCCAGGGGAACGGCCCCGUUCAGGUGGCCAUGGCCCCCGUGACGGCCAGGAUCACCGACAGCACCGUCACCAUGGACGGCCAGGCGGUGGAAGUGGUCACGCUGGAACAGUGACAGCCAACCAGGGCUGGAUUGUGACGCCGCAGCUUCUUCCUCUCUUCUCCAAUUUUUCUACACCUCUCUGGAAAUGCAGUCAGGAAGCGUUGGGAGUCUUACAACUUUGGACUACGCAACCCAGAGCGGGAAAAGGGCGUGUGCCCGCUGGGUCAUCAAGCGGACCCACCUGCUCCCAUAGGAGUAAGGAGGCUCGUCCGGACAGGUUACGCCCCGGCUUUCUUUGCAUGGAUCGCCCGUUCUGAAGAAGUGUGAGGAUCGGAAAGCUUUCCUGCCCUCUGUUUGUGAAGUUGGGGUCCAGGCCCCCCCUCCCUGGAGGACCCUCAUUGUCUCACCAUUCCCACCGAGCUCACCCCUGCCGUCCUCACUUCGAGAAUUUAGGGCUGUUUUUCUCGUACGGACAAGAAUUUCAUGCGAGGACGAGAAACGUCGAGAAGUCUUUUGGGAAAAGACUCUUUUUCUUCCUUGAAAAGGCGGCCGAGAAAAUCGCAUCUCCCGGAGGAGACGAUGAUCCUGUUACCUGCCGAUUCUGAAUCCGUGUCCAGGACUCUGGUAGCCAGGUGGGAUCGGACUUCCCUCCUUUCCGUCUGAAAGUCCAUGUUAGAUGGCUCAUCCGAGAAUCCUUCACUGGUCUUUUUUGGCUUUCUUCCUCCUCUGCCCUUGGCAGUUACGAAAGGUCGAAAGAAAGAGGCAGGGGUCACGCUGCAAAGAGGCUAUCCCCUUCCUCUCAAUUCCUUCCGCCUGCCCCGCCCCCCUGUUUUUGAUCCACGGACCCUCAAAAUAAUCUUUCCCGCGAUGGUUUCACCGUUUUGAUUUUGGAUCCCUUUCCCAUCGACGGGUUUCCCCUUGUAUGGAUGGCGCCUAGUCGGAAACCUUCCUUAAAAACCCCUUUCUCAGUUAAGACCCCUGUGGGGCAGUCCUGGCCCUCCACCCCAUAACCCAUCAUCCUUGCCAGUAGCUCUUGGCCACUGGCAUCCAAGUGCAUUCGUGCAAAUGUGUGAUGUCUCUCCGUUCCCCCUUCCUUCCUCCCUCCCUCCCUCCCUCCCUUUUUCCUUUCUUUCUUUCCACCCUACCUCUAUUCCCUCUCUUUAUCUCCCCUCCCUUCUCUCCUUCUCUUCAUUCGCUCUCUUUUCUGUCCUUCCUCCUUUCUUCCCUCCCUCUUUCCUUUUCUGCUUUCCUUCUUCCCUCCUCCCAAUUUUUAUUU